GGAACUGGUACUAUCUUCUCUUCCCUUUGCCUCUCUAUAUUAAAAACCCUAAUCCGAGAGCCCUGAAAGUUGAGUAUCCCAAAACCAACCCCUUUCUCCAGCUCUUACUCUUUUUCCUCUUCUUCUUCUUCUUCUCUGCAUCUUUUGCCUUUCUCUUGUCCCCCAAAAAGAGGAAGUGGACUAAAACAGACAACACACAGAAACUUCUCUACUUUGGAGGAUUGUGUCCAAAGUGGUAGAACUGUGGAAGUAGUCUUUCACUACUUUUGUCCCUUCUUUUUGGGUUUUGAAUAUAUAAGAGAAGCAAUUAAUCCCAAUACAGAAAGGAUUACUUAAUCCAUCCCCAACCAUAGAAAGUCUUCCUUAUUUCCUUGUGUGGCUGCAGCUGCUUGGGAGACAAGAUAGAUUAAAGAGAGAGAAAGAUGGAGUGGAAUGGCAACUUGAGGAACCUUAACGUUCCUCGUCCCUCGGAGGCUUCAUUCAACUUCCUCUACAGCUAUAACUGCGACCAGUUUCCUCCAGUGUAAUGAUAACAGUGGAUGUGAAGCAACUAGCUGAACCUCAUCAUCAAGGGAUGAACUAUGGUGGCGGCGGUAGUAGCAGCAGCAACAACUACGCGAGCCAUCAACAGCAAAUGAUGACGAUGAUGAUGAUGGAGAAGAAGAAGAGACUGACCAACGAGCAGCUGGAGUCGCUGGAGAGAAGCUUCCAGGAGGAGAUCAAGCUGGACCCCGACCGCAAAAUGAAGCUGUCACGGGAGCUGGGGCUGCAGCCGAGGCAGAUCGCCGUUUGGUUUCAGAACCGGCGGGCCAGGUGGAAGGCCAAGCAGCUGGAGCGCCUCUACGACUCGCUCAAGCACGAGUUCGACUCCGUCUCCCAGGAGAAGCUCAAGCUCCAGGAAGAGGUUGUGAUGAAGCUGAGAGGAAUGCUGAGAGAGCAAGCAACGAGGAACAGGCAAGUGUCGACGGCUGGGUACACGGAGGUAAUUUCCGGCGAAGAGACGGUGGAAAGCACGUCCGGGGCGGUCGGACAGAGCAGCUCCGGGAGGGCUAGAACGGUGGUAGCCGGCGGCCAGCAUCAGAUGACGGCGGAGAGCAAUUACCUAAUGAGUGUGGAUGAAUACAACCCAGUAGUAGUACCGUCUCCUGCUGCUUACUGGGCUACUACUCUGCCGUCUUAUCAUUAAUGAAGCGUAGAACCAAAUGAUUGAUUAGUAAUAAUUAAGUUAAGCUCAUUAGUACGUGAGCUUACUCUUCUUUCCUUAUGAUUAUCUAGGUCUGGCUAAUAUAAUUAUGGAGAUAUUUCGAUUAUGAGUUUGAUUCUAGUUAAUGAAUUCUGUGGAAGCUAGGUCCCGAGUGAUUAUUUGAGUCC